AUGACUGUUGCUGGACCUUUGAGGAGCAAUUUUGUGGAAUGCGUGCGAGGUCAUGAUUGCAGGAGCUUGUUUCCAUUCAAUGGAACUAAUCUGUCUGAUGAAAAUGGCGUAUCUGUUCGGCUCGGCUCUUGUGGGAGAUCUUCCAGCCUCAAACUUUCGCUAAAAAACAUCCAUGGCACAGGUUGGCUGGAGAAUGGCACUGUUGGUGAGCACGUUCUUUCCUUUGGAACCUCCCUGACAGCAGCGAGGGACUAUGGCCUAUCCAUUGAUGCGAGCUUUGGUUACAUUCUUUGCUGGUGUGAGAGAUCCUGCAACCAGCCCGAAGACUUCAUUGUUGAUGCUGGCCAGCUUCGUGUUUCUGGUCCCAUCACCAAUCAAGAAAAACAUUGCUAUAGAGGGCAGCCGUGUCUUCUGAAGCACAUUGAAGGUGUCAAUAUGGAGGCGGGGGACAUGAUCAGGAUCUUGGAAGAAUGUGGUGAAGGCUCCGCUUUAUAUGAUUUUCCUGGGAGCGGUCUUCUGGUGAGCGAUGAUGGUGAAAACUUUACCUUCCACGUGAACGAAUCUCUUCCAGUUGGUGCGGCACCCGGUAUCUACCAGAUGUGCUUUUGCCGGCCAGAUCCUGGCUGGUCAUGUGAGAACGUGUCAAGCUUCAUGGUCAUCGUGGGCCCAAUGUUCGUUCACGGACCUUUCGAGCGGAUCACAGAUUGCACGGUUGGUGCUCUUUGCACUGUGAGCUUUACGGGUAUUGCCUUAUCAGAGGGAGAUGUACUCCGAAUUGUCAGAUUAAGCGAGGAUUCAGCAAACAUCUGCAGCAACACAACGUAUUAUCUGCAAAAUGCGACACUGGCCCCAGACGUUUCGAGAGGCUUAGGCUUGCAUAUCGAUUUGGGUGUCCUCGGCAUGAACACCGCAGGAACCUAUCAAGUGUGUUGGUGCCCUGUACAGGAAAUGUGCCUGUCAAGUUCUUCCUUCCAAGCUCCAGCAGGAAUUUUACGAGCAAAUUGUCCUGCAGGCUACUACUUCAGAGGAUUGAAUUGCAGACUCUGUGGAAGUGGCUACUAUUGCCCAGGAGGUGAACCAGCAUUUGCGGUCAGACUUCCUUGCAGGGAGGGGGAGACAACUGUAGGUCCGACUGCAUCGGCGGAUAGCGAAUGUCAAUGUUCAAAGGGAUACUAUUCCUUUAAGGGCACGUGCGUCGUCUGCCCCAAAAAUUUCUUCAAGCCCAACAUCAGCAGCGAAGAGGAAUGCACAGCAUGCCCUCCUAAUCAGACAACAUUCACCCAAGGUGCGAUCUCCAUUUCUUCUUGUGUCGGAGCAAAUGUGACAGCUAGCAAUGUAUCAGCUGCUCCAGCUGUUAGCUUCCGCUUAUCUGUCACAGCCGACUCUUCUACCAACCUAACAGACGAAGAUUUGUGGAAGCAGCUGGUCGACACGUUGCGGAUAAGCAUAGGCAGCGCGAGCCGAAUGGAUGUGGAUUCUCUCAGCAUCAGCUUGGCGCCUGCUUCCAGUUCUGCUGCCAGACGCUUAUCAGAGCCUUUGGAGGUGGUGAUACGAAUCAGAUACGCCACAGCACUUCUUGCAAAUAUCUCAGCGCAAGAGCUGGAUGUUGAUGACUUGGCCAUGGACAUUGACAGUGCUCUGCAACAAGACCCAGCAUUGAGCAACUUGCGAGUGGAUGUGUCGGAUCUUGGCACAGAGAUGGUGCGUAUAGAGUGCCCAAACCAUGCCAGCCUACCACCCGGAGUCCUGGCAACACAUUCCGGUGACUGUGCAUGCCGGCCAGGCUACGCGCAUGAUGCAGUUAGCCAGACGUGCAGUCCGUGUGCCCAGGGUCGAUUCAAAUCAUCCUUGGCAAACGCAGAGUGCGAAAACUGUGAUCCUGGAAGAUGGACGCUGGAGGAUGGUCAGUCGGAUCCAGCUAAUUGCUGGUGCAAUGCAGGGACGUAUGAGAACGAGAGCGGUACGUGCGAACCUUGUGACAUUGGUUAUUACUGCGACGGGAGAAAUUAUCAAACACUUUGCCCGCCAAACUCCACAACAAUUUCCAUGCUGUCUACAGCUAAAGCAAGCUGUCAGUGUAAAGAGGGGCACCAGAGGGUGAGUGGCGCAGUCGAGAUGACUUGUGAGCCAUGCGCCCCAGGGCGAUUCAAGGAAGUUAUUGGCAAUGAUGAAUGCACCCAAACUUGCCCGACAGAUGCUACAAGCAGGCCCGCAGCUAGCCGGAAAGAAGACUGCUUUUGCGAGCAGGGCUUUCACGCGGACUUGAAAGAUCAAAAUAGGAAGGAUAUCGAACGUUGUAUCGAUUGUGGUCCAUACAAUGGCUUGAUCUGUCAGGGUGGCCUUGAUGAAGAGGGUCAACAUGUGCAGCCGAAGGCUGUUGCAGGAUGGUUCCAGACUGGUAGGUCCUCGGCCCUGCCGUGCCAAGUGACACGAGAUGGCUUCAGUGUUUGCCUCGGCAAUACUUCUGGAGGCCAUAUUGAGCCAUUUGCCGGCUUUCCCAAUGCGUGCGCUAAUGGAUCUACCGGCAUGCUUUGUGGUGAGUGCCCAGCAGGAUGGGCCAGAGGGGCGUACUUGGAGCCUUGCGAACCUUGCGACGCACAUAGUGCGCUCGCGUUUGGCUUGGCCAUUGCUGCAGACCUGGGUCGAACCACGCUGCAGAACUUCGUCAAAGCAGCAAUGGCUGCAGGAGGAGCCGGAACGCUGAAGCCGUUGCACACGGUGACGCUACGGAAUUUCCAGCACUGGGUGGAUGCUUGCUCCAUUCUAGCGGACUUUAACUUGACACGGAUGCGGCCGUUCGACUUCUCCCUGGGCGAUAAGACCGAACAACCAGAAGCUGGGGAGCCCGUUGCAAUGCCGCAUUUUGCGUGGCCCGCGGCAGCUACAGAUGCCAUGACUCUGUGGUUUCACGCUUUGUCCCUGGUUCCAAGAGUGAAUGUGGACUUUGCGGCACAAUGCCAGGCUGACGCCUGGUUCGGAGGAAGCCAGGCGGCCAAGCGGGUUGUCCCAGCCGUGUAUUACCUGACCCGUCCUGUCUUGACAUUCUUAGGCAGCAUCAUCAUUUGCCUGCUUGUGGUCUACGUUGCAAUUCCUUUAAUAAACAUGACCGGCUUUGCCAUCAAUGAGCGAGCAGGGCUGAUCAAAAAAGUCACGAACCGAUUGCGGAAUGCUGCAUUGAAAUUGAAAGCAAACGAUGAGGCUUCCCACACGGGUGAUUCCCAGGGCCAGGUAUGUUACCUCAGCAAAUACCUGCCUGGCAUGGAUUUGAGCGACUGGAACGUGGGCUACAAAGCCUUGGCGGACGUUCCAACUUCGGUUUUUGAAGUUGUCACUGGUCAGCAGAGGAGCUUAGUACAUUCGCCAAAGCAUACCUUUAAGCCUUAA